ACAGCUAACAAUAAGUAACAGAGAGAUCUUUCUCUGAUGAGUUGACAGACUCAGAAGAGAUGGUUAACUACAGAGGCUUCUCUUCUCACUCCAAGAAUUCAUCCAUCUACUUUAGAAGAUAUUCAUCUCCUUUAUCAAUCACAUACUACAUAGUCAUCCUCUUUGCUUUGUCAAUCUUCAUUUUCACAUUCUACAGCAAAGAUAUCUUGGAAGAUGAAGAUAGAAAGCCUCCAUCAAUAACAUCAGGAGAGAAGAAUUCCAAAAUCGAACAGCUGCAUGAUGAUGUACUCUGGGAAGCACCUUUUAGCCAUGGUCUACACCCUUGUGUGAAGCCGUCCUCUAGAUACAAAGCUACCCAAGGAUGGGAUCGCUAUAUGACUGUCAGAAGUAAUGGUGGACUUAAUCAAAUGCGUGCUGGUAUAGCUGAUAUGGUGGCUGUGGCACACAUAAUGAAUGCAACCUUGGUAAUUCCUCAACUGGAUAAACGUUCGUUCUGGCAAGACACAAGUAUUUUUUCUGACAUAUUCGAUGAAGUACAUUUUAUCAUGACAUUACAAACUGAUGUAAGGAUUGUGAAGGAGCUUCCCAAAGAAUUAGAAUCAGCUUCUCGAGCAAGGAAGCAUUUCUCGUCAUGGUCUGGUGUCAGUUACUAUGAGGAGAUGGCACACCUAUGGAAGGAUUAUCAGGUAAUUCAUGUCGCAAAAUCUGAUUCUCGGCUUGCCAACAAUGAUCUGCCUUUUGAUAUCCAGAGAUUGAGAUGCCGUGCUCUAUAUCAUGCUCUCCGCUUCUCACCUGCUAUUGAAAACCUUGGAAAGAAGCUACUGGAGCGGUUGCGAUCUCGUGCAGAAAGAUACAUUGCACUUCAUCUAAGAUAUGAGAAGGACAUGCUUUCUUUUACUGGCUGCACGCAUGGUCUAACUGAAACUGAAGCUGAAGAGCUUAGAGUGAUGAGGAUCAACACAAACCACUGGAAGAUUAAAAAUAUUAAUGCAACAGAACAGAGAAUAGGUGGCUUGUGCCCCUUAACUCCAAAGGAAGUUGGAAUAUUCCUUCAAGCUCUUGGUUACCCUCCAUCAACGUUGAUUUAUAUAGCAGCUGGGGAGAUUUAUGGUGGUAGCGUUCAUCUUUCAGAGCUAACUUCUCGUUUCCCAAAUAUAGUGUUUAAGGAAGCUCUUGCAAGCAAAGGAGAGCUGCAAGCAUUUUCCCAUCACGCUUCUCAAUCUGCCGCACUUGAUUAUAUCAUCUCCAUAGAGAGUGAUGUGUUCAUCCCAUCACAUUCAGGUAACAUGGCAAGAGCUGUUGAAGGACAUCGCAGAUUCUUAGGCCAUCGGAAGACAAUCACUCCAGACAGGAAAGGCCUAGUUGCAAUAUAUGAUAUGUUGGAAUCCGGAGUGCUCAAAGAUGGAUCAUCAUCAUUGUCUCAUCUUGUAAUGAAAUUGCACAGGAGCAGGCAAGGAGCUCCAAGGAAAAGAGAAGGUGCCCCUUCAGGCAUCAAAGGUCGAGGUCGUUUCAGGCUGGAAGAACCCUUCUACCAAAAUCCCUUCCCAGAAUGUAUAUGUGGCUCAAAUAUUCAAGAUGAUGAAGAUACAUAGGAUCAGUUUCUAGUCAGAUUUCUUACUUUUCUUAAUCAUCUCGAGUUUUUGUAGCUUUUGCUGAUCAUUUUGUACCAUGUUGGUCGUUACAACUUAUAAUCUAUUUCAAACGUAACAUUUGUAAGACCUUGCACAUAUGAUCCGUACAGCCAAUUGAUUCUUUGGUUGCUAAGGAAAUCUGCAGAAAAAAUUUGCCCCUUA